AGAGAGCAUAUAGUUAAGGCCCGUUGAAUUGAUUGGGUACAUAUUGGCAGGAGGCGGCGCAGAGGAUAUGCUCGCGUCGUUUAUACUUUUGGCUUCGCGGAGCGGUAAGAUUUUUGCAGUAAGGGAACACCUCAAACCCUACGAGGGAGGAGACAGAGUUGCACAACGCGCUUUAAACAGUAGAUUUUGGGGUGGGGGAGGGGGAGUCAGAGGGAGGUAGCUUUAAUCUUCAUUAGGAUUAACGAGUUGCAGACAGCGCUGGUUUGGAAAAUCCUCGAUUGGGUCUCGUUUUCUUCUUCCUGAGCUGAAAGAGGUAUACGAAGCUCUGUAAUCUGAUCUGCAAACUCUAAAUCUUUAGUCAUUAAGUAAGAAGCAGAGCGAAACAACAAAGAGUCAAGAUGAGGAUUAUGAUAAAGGGUGGUGUGUGGAAGAACACGGAAGAUGAGAUCCUCAAAGCGGCUGUUAUGAAAUAUGGGAAGAAUCAAUGGGCUCGGAUCUCUUCGCUUCUUGUCCGCAAGUCGGCGAAGCAGUGCAAGGCUCGGUGGUACGAGUGGCUCGAUCCAUCUAUCAAAAAGACUGAGUGGACCAGAGAAGAAGAUGAGAAGCUGCUUCAUCUUGCUAAACUCAUGCCCACACAGUGGAGAACAAUUGCCCCUAUUGUGGGCCGAACUCCGUCUCAAUGUCUUGAGCGGUAUGAGAAACUACUCGAUGCUGCCUGUGUCAAGGAUGAAAACUAUGAACCCAGUGAUGACCCACGGAAAUUGCGACCUGGUGAGAUUGAUCCAAACCCGGAAUCCAAGCCUGCACGUCCAGACCCUGUUGAUAUGGAUGAGGAUGAAAAGGAAAUGCUAUCAGAAGCAAGGGCUCGGUUAGCAAACACCAGGGGAAAGAAGGCAAAGAGAAAAGCAAGGGAGAAACAGCUUGAAGAGGCCAGAAGGCUUGCUUCUUUACAGAAGAGGAGGGAAUUAAAGGCAGCUGGCAUUGACAAUAGACAUAGGAAGAGGAAAAGGAAGGGGAUAGACUACAAUGCAGAGAUCCCCUUUGAGAAGAAACCACCACCUGGGUUUUUUGAUGUUGCAGAUGAAGAGAGAUUAGUGGAACAGCCUAAGUUUCCAACAACCAUUGAAGAACUUGAGGGGAAAAGGAGGGUUGACGUAGAAGCUCAAUUAAGAAAGCAAGAUACUGCAAAAAACAAAAUUGCAGAGAGGCAGGAUGGUCCUUCUGCUAUAUUACAAGUCAACAAGCUGAAUGAUCCUGAGACAGUUAGGAAGAGAUCGAAACUGAUGCUUCCUGCACCACAGAUUUCGGAUCAUGAAUUGGAAGAAAUUGCGAAGAUGGGCUAUGCAAGUGACCUUAUUGCAGGGAGUUUAGAACUUGCAGAAGGAAGUGGUGCUACACGGGCUCUUCUAGCAAAUUAUGCUCAGACGCCACGACAGGGAAUGACUCCGCUGCGGACCCCUCAGAGAACACCUGCUGGGAAGGGUGAUGCCAUUAUGAUGGAAGCUGAAAAUCUUGCAAGAUUAAGGGAGUCGCAAACACCAUUAUUGGGUGGGGAGAAUCCAGAAUUGCACCCAUCAGAUUUUUCAGGUGUUACUCCUAAGAAAAGGGAGAUUCAAACUCCAAACCCAAUGGCUACUCCUUUAUCAACACCUGGACCUAUGGGUCUUACUCCAAGAAUUGGCAUGACUCCAUCAAGGGAUGGGUACUCUUUUGGUAUGACUCCAAAAGGAACACCUAUCAGAGAUGAGCUUCAUAUAAAUGAAAUGGAUAUGCAUGAUAAUGCAAAGCUUGAACUCCGUAGGCAAGCUGAGGUUAGAAGAAACUUGCGUUCUGGUUUAACCAAUCUUCCACAGCCAAAAAAUGAAUACCAAAUAGUCAUCCAGCCGCCUCCAGAAGAAAAUGAAGAGCCAGAAGAUAAGAUUGAAGAAGAUAUGUCAGAUAGGAUGGCUAGAGAAAAGGCAGAGGAAGAAGCAAGGCAGCAGGCAUUGCUUCGAAAAAGAUCAAAAGUGCUUCAGAGGGAACUGCCUAGACCUCCUGCUGCUUCAUUGGAACUUGUUAAGAAAUCAUUGAUGAGAGCUGAUGAAGACAAGAGUUCUUUUGUCCCUCCUACUUCGAUUGAGCAGGCUGAUGAAAUGAUAAGAAUGGAACUCCUGAAUUUAUUGGAGCAUGAUAAUGCCAAGUUUCCACUUGAAGAAAAAGUAGAUAAAGAGAAAAAGAAAGGCGUCAAGCGCUCUUCUAGUGGAAAGUCUGCUGUUUCAGUCCCAGAAAUAGAAGACUUUGAUGAAGAUGAACUGAAAGAGGCUGAUUCAUUUAUACAGGAAGAGAGUCAGUUUCUUCGAGUGGCGAUGGGGCAUGAGAACGAGUCUUUCAACGAAUUUAUUGAAGCACACAAGACAUCUCUAAAAGAUCUGAUGUUUUUCCCUACACGUAAUGCUUAUGGUCUCUCCAGUGUUGCUGGAAACAUGGAGAAACUUGCUGCAAUGCAGAACGAAUUUGAAAAUGUCAAAAAGAAAAUGGAUGAUGAAGCUAAGAUGGCACAACGCCUUGAGCAGAAGAUAAAACUUCUUACUCAUGGAUAUCAGAUGCGGGCUGGAAAACUUUGGUCCCAAAUUGAGGCCACCUACAAGCAGAUGGAUACUGCUGGUACAGAAGUUCAAUGCUUCCAAGCUUUACAAAAGCAAGAGCAGUUGGCGGCAGUUAACAGGAUCAACAGAUUCUUGGAGGAAGUAAAGAAGCAGCAGGAGCUGGAGAAAACUCUACAAAGGCGCUAUGAGAAGAUGAUUGAAGAACAAGAUAGGAUGCAAAGGCUCCUAGAAGAGUACAGACUACAAGCUCAAAAACAGGAAGAAAUUGCAGCAAAGAAUCGUGCUCUUGAAUUGUUGGAGCCUGUUACAAAUCAAACUGACAUGCCAUCUUCUGUGGAAGUGAAUGAGACCUCUAUGUCAGUUGACCAUCAACGUGAUGGAGCUCCUAUUGAGCAAGUCGAUGCUGCCUUAGAACAACCAAUUCAUCCGAGCCCAAUGGAUGCUGAUGGGGUUGAGCAGUCACGUACAGGCAUGGAUCUAGAUGUAAUCCAUGGUGAUGCUAGUGCUCUUGAGUUGUUGGAGCCUGUUACAAAUCAAACUGACAUGCCAAGCACAAAAUCUACUGAACCUAUAGCUUCUUUGGAAGUGAAUGAGACCUCUAUGUCAGGUGACCAUCAACGUGAUGGAGCUCCUAUUGAGCAAGUCGAUGCUGCCCUAGAACAACCAAUUCAUUCAAGCCUAAAGGAUGCUGAUGGGGUUGUGUUGAUUAAUGGGAAUGAAGCCCCUAUUCCAAGUGAUACUCAACCCCCAAGUGCUGAUGGUUUCCACCCAAGUGGUGUCUUGUCCCAAAGCCAUACUAUACCUAUGGAAGAAUCCGUUGACAAUGGUGAUGCUCUUUCAAGUUCUAUUGGUGCACAGAGGACCAAGAUGAUGGUUGACCAAUUGGACCAGAUAGCUGAUGGCACCAGCAACAAUUUUGAAGUUGUAACGGAGGAGGUACAUGUAAUUCCUCAUUGUAGUACUUUGGAGUCCAAGGCAUCAGCGGAGGAUCAUCAUGCUGUUACAGAAGCAGGGAAACCAGAUGGUGUUAUUAUCAAACCAGAUGAAGGUUUUCAGGAGACGACAAAUGAUGGUUAUGGUAAUGGAGAUUUCAAGCUGGUUUCUACUAGUGAAGGUUAUGUGGUUAAUUCAGAUGGGGACACAACAGGGAAAACCAUGGAUGCAGUUGGUGUAAAUGAAAAUGUUGAUGGUAAAGAUCUGGUAUCUGGUUCAGAUGGGGGGGGAUCUCAAUCACAAGCCUGCUGAAACUGUGGCUACUCUCAAUGAUACGGAACAGGCAACAGCAAUGUCGGACGAGUGAUGAGGUUUUUCUGUGUAAUGAUAUCCUUCUGAGGAAAGCACAUUAUAUAACAGCUCACUGUGCACCAUUUGAUGGUUUCUUAGGAAUGACAAAGGCGUCAAGGCUAGAUUCACUUGCUUAA